AUGAGUUCUGUUUUGGCCCGAGUCUUUGCCUUGGCCCUCUUUUCUGGCGCCGUGAUGGGCUUGAGGGCACUUCUCCUGUUGUGGGCGUGUCCUUUGGCCGUGACGCAGGAGUCAACAGAAAAGGAGUAUGUGGAGCUCGACGAUGUGACCUGGACCACCGCGCUGCUUUUGAUCAGCUUUGUGAUCGUCUCGACCGGGGUACUCUGUCUGGUGAAGUGCAAGGAUGAGGACAUCCGCAAGGAGAGUUGGGCCUUGCUGAAUGUCACCUUGUCGAUUUUCUGUGCUGCAAGCUUCGACAAUGCGGUCUGCAGGCUUAUCGAGACAUUUUCAGAGGAAGAAGGGCACGAGAAGCCGGCUUUCAUGAGCAAGCCCAAUCUCAUUGUCCUCUUCGUUUUCCUGUGUCUGGUCUUUGUCGUCUUGCACCUGGCAUUCUUGUGCCUCAUUCCACAGGAGAAUCAUCACGUGCUAUUUGCCACGCAGGCUUUGGGCAGCCACAUCAUGGCUUUUGCCAGCAUCGUGUUUUUUGGGCACCUCCAAAUGGCAGCUGUUUCGUGGAAAGCCGUUUCUUCGUGGGGCGGAGUUUGGUUGGUUCCACUCCUUGCGUUUGGGGUGAUGGUCAUCCUCUACCGCAUGGUGCUCCAUCUCCUGCGAAGAUUUGAUAACGAGUGGUGGAAGGAGAAAAGGCUGGUCAUGCAUCAGGCGAUGCUUAUGCAGAUCGACGCGGGGGGGAUCAGUGUUGGCUUCCUGAUUGUGCAAGCAUUGUGCUAUUCGUUGAUUGAUGAGUCUGAGCCUGCGUCGAGUGAUGCGUCUGAGCCUGAAAGAAGGUUUAUGCCCAUCACACAUGGAUACCCUGGCCACCACAAAGCCUACACAGAACUCUUACUUGGGCUUCUGGCUCUUGUGCUGCUCUGCUCUUCCUCGGUGUGGUCUGUCUGCUUGCGCCACAUGGUACAUUCUGAGUUCUUUUUCGAGUUCAUUGGAGUCUUAGGAUCCAGCAUGGCCUGCUGGUGCCUCCAGCGUGGUGGAAUCAUCUUCUUCUACCAAAAAUGCAAAUCUCGGAUGAAUCGUUACCACAUGGAGGUGAUGUGUGAAUAUCCGCACAAGUGCCAUGGAAGCCACGAGAUGCAGCCGGUUCAGGUUGUCCACCGUGCCGUAAUAGUCAAUGCUUUGGCCAUGUCCUUGCUGGCGGUGGUGUGCAUGCUGGUCAUAGAUGGAGUGGCAGACUUUUGGCAGGGAAAGCCUUGCUGCCCUGCUACCCACUCCACCUCAUAUGUUGCCAUGGUAAGGCCUGCACCUGCAGGGGAUCUGGACGUGAGGACAGCUAAAGCUUUGAGGAAGGUCAUGAGUGGACUCGGCCUUCUGGUGGGCAUUUGCUGGGACAAAGCUUUUGAAAGCUCGUACGACACGCUCCUGGACCCGCACACCAUGAGCCGCUUAGCCUUUCAAACUGACACGGUCAACGAAUUCAUCCAGGGCUACCCAAAGCAAGCCGAAAGGAUGGUGGCUGUCUUGGGAUUUCUGGUGUCAGCGCUUGUGGGCUGCGCCUGGUUCUGGCACAUCGUGCCCAGUGCUAUGAAGGAAGAGAGGGAUCACGAAGAAGCCAUUAAGCUUGAAACUCAGUCCCUCCAGAAUAUCAAGUUGCCGGGUGAGAAGACACCGACGUGGCAGUCGUCAAGCAGCAGCGAGCCGGAUCUUGGCUGCUGGCAGACGGAUGCUGAAAGCGAUUAG